AUGGUCACCAACAGACUCUGGCGUACUCUUUCUGCCUUCAACCGAUCUACCCGAAGCUGGGAACCCAUACCUUUGCGAAACAGGUUUUCUCCCACAUUACGAAGCAUCGACACCUUCUGGACGCACGGGCUUUCUCUCAUAUCAUGGAACAUCGACGCCUUCUCCCCGCGGCCCGUCUCACGCGCCAAACUCAUCCUUAGCCAUAUCCUCGAGGAAUCGAAAUCUCCUGAUAUCCUCUUUCUCCAAGAAGUCACGCCUGAGGUCCGUGCCUCUCUCCUAGACGAUGCGAGAGUGCGCGCUGUCUUCCUGGUGACUGACGCCGAGGACGAAAUGUCGUUUGAGGACGUGCCCUUUGCGACCAUGACGUUGCUGUCCAGCACGCGCUUUACCUCCGGGCUGGAUUCGCAGAAGGAAGGCGAUGGGAUCGAGGGAGGGGAAAAAUUCAUGCUCGGACGCGUCUCUCGCGUGAUACUCCCGAGCAAGUGCAGGAGGGAUGCGCUUUAUGUGGACAUCAUCCCCCCAAUAUCGCCGGGUACAGUCUUCCGUCUCAUCAGCGAUACGCUGCACUACCGCGCCCAUCAGAUGGAGAUACUGGCCAACGUCCUACGCGAGCCCGGAUGCAGUGGCGGGAUCAUUGCAGGCGACUUCAACGCCAUCAGCCCCGAGGAUGAUGGGCUCGUUGACAAGAACGAACUGGUAGAUGCGUGGGUCGCAUUGCACGGGAGGGCAGACCUUGAUGGCGCUACGUUGGACAAGGUUGCAAUGAUGGGCUUAAAGGCUAAGGAAAUGGAAGUCCUCCGCCCUGGUACUAUUGAGGUGCCCAGGCCGGGCGAGAAACCUGUCGAGAUCCUUUGGAGUGACCAUUGCGGGCUGAGAUGCACCUUUACCAUCUGA